AUGAAUUGUUUAAUUUGCUUCAUUGAAAAAUAGAUGAUCAAGCCUGGAGAUUGUUCUCAUCAAUUUUGCAAGUAAGUAUAUUAAAAUCAAAAAGAGAAUGCAUCGUAAUGUAUUUAAAAGAAACAAUUAAGAGUGGAAGUGUAUUUAAGAUAACUUGUCCUUCAUGCAAUAUAGAAUAUAGUGCUUUAAUAAUAAAACAAUAUUGUGAAGAUUUAUAUCCUAAAUAUUUAGAGCUUAAAUAAAAAGCUAUAAUAACUUGUUCUGUAUGAAAUUUAAUAUCAUUUUAGGUAUGCAAAGAGAAUCUAUAAACCCAUAAAUGUGGUACCAAAGUAUGUAAAAAAUGUGGAGAAAUUCAUAGUGCAUAAUGUAGCUAAAGAUGUCCAAACUGUUUGAUACCAAUAGAAAAGAUUAGUGGAUGCAAUCAUAUGAUUUGUAAAUGCAAAUAUGAAUUUUGUUGGAUUUGCAAAGGAAAAUAUAGUAAAUAUCAUUAUAGAUUAUGGAACUUAUCAGGAUGCCCAUGUAAUUUAUGUAUUAAUUCAAGUUCCUGGAUCAAUGAUGAGAAACAUCGAACCUUUUGAAAAUCCAAAUAUAAUACGAACCUUAAUGGUUUUACCAAAAAUUAUGGCAUUCCUACUAAUAUUUUGUAUCUUGCUUUUAAUAUAUCCAUUUUUUUGUUUUAUUAUCACUGUUAAAUUCCAUUAUUAAUAAUUUAAAAUCAAAAAGUAAUCCAUAAAUUAAUAAUUAUUUAUAGAUCGAGAUUAUUAUUAGUAUUACUAUUUCCGUUGACGUACUUGAUGCAUUUUUUUUAUAAAGGAAUAUUUGCUGUACAACAUAAAUUACAUUCUCUUGGUUGA